AUUGCUCUAAUAUGAAUUUGUUGCUACUCCCACCAUCUUUUAACAUCUUUCUUCUCCAUGGCUCCACCUCUCCCCUUCAAAAUUUAAUAGAAACAAGUUGUAUAAUGUUUAGUCUCCCACACCCACAAUAAUUCAUUGAAUCCCUCAUUAAAUUUUUGUUAUUGACUAUCAUUCUCAUAAACCAAGCCCUUUAUUUUAAAAUACUUCUUAAUAAUCUCUCAUCUCUUUUUUUCACAUCAAAAUUCAUCCCUUUUACUUUUGUCACCCCUCCACCCCAUUCAAACAACAAAAAAUCUCAAUCAACCCAUUUUUUUAAAAAAUAAUAUUUUUAUCAUUCAAUCAUUAAAAAAAAUUAAUCUUUUCCAUCAUUGACUCAACCUCCCUCAUCAAAUCCAAUCUUAUUCAAUUUCUUAAUUAAUCGAUCCUCAUUUUCCCUCAAAUCAAUUUCCACAAAUUAUUAAAUUUUUUCUUCAAUACAUCAUUUCUAUCUCUAUAAUUCAUGGAAUUAGUUCCAUAUUCUGACCCAAAUAACCCAUCAACAUCCUCUACACCACCUUGGCAAGACAUGUUCCGUUCCGCUUCCCUCCGCAAACCCACCUCUAAACCACCCUCCAACGCGGCGCGUGAAUCAAACGCGCCCCCACCGUCAUCUCUUUCCGAUGACCCACAAGUCAAAUUAGCCUUAUACAUAGCAAUGGCACACGCCUUCCUUCUUUUCUCUCUCCUCAUCCUGUAUGGCGUUUUCCGCCUUCUAGAAGGUUACCUUCGUCCUCUGCAAUGGGCUAUCCUUUGUUCAAUCCCUUUACGUGGGAUUCAACAAACUUUAGUUUUAUUCUGGAAAGACCCUUUAGAAAAGGGUCUAACCGAAACCAUUUUAGCUGUACCCAUUGCAAUUUUCCGGGUUUUUAUUGGUACCCUUUCAGAAAUCCGGGAAAUGGUGCUCAGGGUUGUUUUCAAGAAAAAGGGUUCGGGCGGGCACCCAAAACAACGUAAUAAAAGAAGUGGGUUUUCAAAAUGGUUAAGAUGGUUGUUGUCAUUUAACAUAUUUGUGCUUGUUUAUGAACGUUUUGGUCUUUUUGGGGCCAUUGGGGUUUUGGUUAUUGGUUUAUUGAUCAGUGUUACAAGUGUAAGUAUGGAUGCUGUUUCUAAUUUUAAGAAUCAUAGUUUUAGAAAUCGUAAAGUUAGUACAUUUUUUACUUGUGGGAUUGUAAAAAGAUUGGAAACCAUUGUUGCAAUUGGGUUGAUUUUUGUUAUGAUUGUUGGGUUUUUAGCUUGUGUUAUAUUUUUCUCUUAUAAGAUUGGUGUAGAAGGGAGGGAUGCAGUAUUUGGGUUGAAAUCACAUGUUGAAGAAAGUAAUUAUGCAGAGAAAAUUGGGAUUAAGAAAUGGAUAGAUGAGAAUGAUGUACCAGGGAUGGUUGAUAGGUAUACAACUAAAUUUUAUGAGACGGUUUCGGAUCAAAUUGAUGGGUUAGCAACGCAGUAUAAUAUGACUGAAUUUGUUACUGGUUUUAAGCAUUUUGUGAUUAAGCCUGUUAAUUCAUCGGAGCGUUCGACUGACUUAAUGUCACCAUCUCCGUACACUAAUAAGCUGAUAAGUUUAAGGAGAAAGUUUAAGGAGAGUGAAUGGUGGGAUAUUUACACUGAGCUUGAUUCUAUUGCUAAAGAGAUUAUUUCAAGUCGUGUCGAUUUGGUCGAUAAGUUAAAAGGGUUUGCAGUACAAGGACUCGAUGUUGCACAACGCGUGUUUUCGAGUGGUAAAUCUGUACUCGGUGGAGGUGCUAAGUUUAUGUUUACCAUUGUUGGAUCAAUUCUAUCUGGGGCUGCUGGUUUUAUCAAUUUCAUUUCACAAUCAAUGGUAUUCUUUUGGGUUUUGUAUUACCUUAUAACCUCAGAUUCUGGGGGUGUUACCGAGCAAGUUAUGCAAUUGCUUCCUGUAUCGAACACAACAAGAACUCGAUGUGUAGAAGUUCUCGAUAAGGCGAUUUCUGGGGUUAUGCUCGCGACUGCUGAGAUCGCUUUCGUUCAGGGUUGUUUAACUUGGCUUUUGUUUAGAUUAUUCUCUAUUCAUUUCUUGUAUAUGUCUACAUUACUUGCAUUCAUUACGCCAUUGUUGCCCCUUUUCCCAACUUUUGUAGCAACGAUCCCUGCUGCCGUGCAGCUUAUUUUAGAGGGUAAACUCGUACUGGCGAUUUGUUUAUUUGUCAUUCAUCUCGGGCUCUUGGAGUAUGGGGCGUCUGAGAUCCUAGAGGAUAUACCGGGCCAUAGUCCAUAUCUUACCGGGCUUAGCAUUAUCGGUGGAAUGACAUUGUUCCCUUCUGCUGUUGAGGGUGCUAUAAUGGGGCCUUUAAUAACGACUGUUGUGAUUGCUUUGAAGGACUUAUAUGCCGAAUUUGUGCUAAACGAACCUAAGGAAAAGAACGAGUAGAAAUCAAAUCGUAUUUGUGCUGAAUUUGCUCGAUUCUGAUUGUGAACAAUGGAUCUGUUCGCGAGGUUUAUCCUGCGACAGACAUGAUUCUGUUGAGCAAAGUUCUAUUGGUUUUGGUAGAUUGUUUGAAAGGCAUAUAAAAUUAUUAUUCAUUUUUGUUGUGAUUGAUGUAAUUGCAUCUGUAAAUUAGUGUUGUUUAUAAACCAUUUUCUGUACUGGGCAGCUUGAGUGAAAAUCAUUUAUAAUUUAUCAUUUAUAAUUUGUCAUAUAUCGUUUUUAAUUAUAAAUUGAAAGUUAUGAGAGAAAUGGUUUUUUUACAUAUAAACAGACUGCAAAUAGUGGGAAACUAAAUUUCUUAUAAUUAAUCAUUUAUAAUAAAUAAUAAUAGUUUGUGUAUUUAGCAAAUGAAAUGAAUUAGUAAAGUGCACUCAAGAGUGCUUCAAUCUUGCCGAUGAAUCUUCUAAAGUCAAUUUGA